AUGCGUUUCUCUGUAGUAGCCGCCGGCCUCCUCGCCACUGUCGCGAGUGCCCAGUCCGAAACCAACACCAUCACUGAUGUUAUCUCGGCUGCCGAGUCCUCUGCCACAGCUGCCGCCUCCGAUGUCACGUCCGCUGUCCUUUCGGUCGUCUCUUCCGUCCUCUCCUCAGCUGAGUCUGCCGGCGAGUCGGCUACCACUGGUGCCACUGGCUCAACUGGCUCGGUUCCCUCUGCCACCGUUAGCAUCGACCCUGCUCAGAGCUCCGCGCAAUCUGCCCUUCUCGAUUGCCUCGCGGCCUGCUCCGACGACGAUGUCAACUGCAAGGCCAAGUGCAUUUCUGUGCCCAGCCCCGACAACACAGCCGUCAACCAGACCACCGAGUGUGUAGCCCAAUGCCCCCAGGGCAAGGGUUCUGCUGCCGACAACCAGGCCUAUGCCGACUGCGUAAGCGGCUGCAUUGCCAAGUACUACUACACCUCGACUGGUCUCCCCAGCGCCACCACUGGCAGUGGCAGUGGCACCACCAGCGCUACCCCUAAGGUCACUCAGGUUGAGUCUACCGUCACCUCUGACGGCUCGACUUUUGUCACAUCAUUCUCUACCACCGUCGCUCCCGCCUCAACUGACGCUGCCGACUCAUCUGACUCAUCUGACUCACCCGCUUCAACCUCGACCUCCGCCGGUGGCGCUGACAUGCUCUUCUCCCCCGUCGGCUCCGGCAUCGGGCUCUUCUCCUUCCUAGCUGCUUUCCUCGCUCUAUAA